AUGGGUGAACGAAUUGUGCACAUUUGUAUGAAUUUAGCCGGCUUCAUUAAUUUGGAUAAACCUUCAAAUCCGUCCAGCCAUGAAGUGGUUGCUUGGAUUAAGCGUAUUCUACGUGUCAACAAGACAGGUCACAGUGGUACCCUAGAUCCGAAGGUGACGGGAUGUUUGAUCGUGUGUAUCGAGCGAGCGACCCGUUUGGUAAAAUCUCAGCAGAAUGCUGGUAAAGAAUACGUGUGCGUCUUCAGGCUGCAUGGCGCUGUUGACAGUAAAAAGAAAGUUGUUCAGGCAUUGGAACAGUUGACUGGAGCAUUGUUUCAAAGGCCACCUCUGAUUUCGGCGGUCAAAAGACAGCUGAGAAUCCGCACUGUUUACGAAAAUAAACUUCUAGAAUUCGAUCAAGAUAAAAAUAUGGGCAUUUACUGGUGUAGCUGCGAAGCGGGAACAUACAUUAGAACGUUGUGCGUUCAUUUAGGCCUGAUUCUUGGCGUUGGUGGGGUCAUGCAAGAACUGAGACGAGUUCGUUCCGGAAUCAUCUCGGAAAACAUCUUGUUGCCCGGUAUCUUGAGGUACGACGACGGAAUUGAAAUAAAUCAGGAAGUUGUGGUGGUUACGACCAAAGGCGAAGCCAUCUGUUUGGCAAUUGCUCUCAUGACCACGGCUUCGAUCUCCACAUGCGACCAUGGCAUCGUAGCCAAAAUCAAAAGGGUUAUCAUGGAACGUGAUACAUACGCAAGGAAAUGGGGCCUUGGACCAGUGGCUAUCAAAAAGAAGGCAAUGAUAAAAGAAGGUCUUUUGGACCAGUAUGGUAAGCCAAACGAAAAGACUCCAGCGAACUGGCAGAAAAUAUACGUUACUUCCAGUACCAUUAAGCCAGAAGUUCACAAUGCUGAGGAGACUGCAGAAGGUUCCGUGAAGGGUGAAACAGUGAACAACUCUGAUGAGAAAAAGAAAAAGAAACAUAAGCAUAAACAUGUGAAAAUAGAGGAAGAUCAAGCAGACAAAAUUGAACAGGUAAUUUUCAUGAUUCUGUAG